AUGAAUAAAUAUAAAUACUUCCCUCCCCCUUCCCCUCCACUCCAUCUAUAUUACUAUUAUUUAUUAAAAUACAAAAUUAUAGAUACAUAUAUAUAUAGAGAGAGAGAGAGUAGAGAGAGAAUGGUGGUUUUAGUGUACGGAGCAGGGAAUGCAGCAUGCCCACAAAGAGUAAUGGUGUGUCUUGUGGAGUUAGAUCUUCAAUUUCAGCUCAUCCCAAUUGAUAUUCAAUCUGGACAACAAAAAACCCCACAUUUCAGACAAAGACAGCCAUUCGGACAAGUUCCUGCCAUAGAGGAUGGAGAUUUCAAGCUUUUUGAAUCAAGGGCGAUCAUAAGAUACUACGCAUCCAAGUGUGCAACCAACGGAGGAAUCAAUCUGUACGGAGAGACAAUAGAAGAAAGAGCCUUAGUCGAUCAAUGGCUAGAAGUCGAAUCCCACAACUACAACCCGCCGAUUUACACAAUGGUUCUACAGCUUAUGGUUUUGCCGAGCUCGGGCCACAAGACCGACUUUGAGCUAGUCCAAGAUUGUAAGGACAAGUUGGAGAAAGUGCUCGAUGUGUACGAGGAAAGGUUGUCCGAGAGUAAGUAUUUGGCCGGGGACAAGUUCAGCCUGGCGGAUCUCAGCCACUUGCCGAACACGAAGUUCUUGAUGGGCCAAGGGGGAAUGGCUGAUUCGAUCCGGCGUAGGAAGAAUGUGUGUGCUUGGUGGGAGGAUAUCUCCGGCCGGCCGUCGUGGAAGAAGGUGUUGGCAGAAUUCGCAGGUUAGAUCAAGCUAGGCCAAGUUGGGCCAUUGUUGCUUUGGCCGCAAAAAUAAUUUGUUAACGAAAAAUCGAGUCGCAAAUCUAUUUUCUAUGGAAACAUCCAAAAAUACUCUAUUACCAACUUGGAUAGAGUGCUAAAUUGAAUAAAUCUAACAUUAUAAUAGUACGUAAAAUAUAGACUGUCAGCACAUAA